GCACUAAGUAGGGCGCAGGAAGGCGCUGUGUUCUGCACUGAGUAGUGCGCUUGGGUAGUCAGUGGGAAGUCGUUUGGAGCACCGAAUGUGAAUGAAGGGUAUUCAGAGCAGGAGGCGUGGGAUAUAGACGCUGGAUGGUGACGUCAUGACGUCGGGAGCUCCGGGUUCCGCCAUGUUGUGGGAAGGAAGGAAACCUCGGGAGAUAAAUCGUCUGUAAUCCGCGGAUGAGCCGAAGGGAGGGGACGGAGCUGGUGCUGGAUCCGGAGUGAUAGGCGAAGAGGCAGCGCGGAGUGGGAGGGUAUAUUAUAAGCCGCUGUUUAUUUACUCCCUCUUUCUCCUCCUCCUCCUCUUCUGUGGUCACACCGGCGCGUGAGACCCACGGACACGCAGAGACGCGGCGCGAGUUUCUGUGCGACUUUGACAAUCCGACUGGGGAUUAACAUCCACGCGCGUACCCGAGUCUAAUCAUCUGCUCAUCAGUGUCCAGACAAAGACUCGAAGCUGGAGUUGGGCUUAAAAAAAAAAUCACUGCUGUCCUUUUUUUUCCCGCGAAAAAGCGACCCGUUGCUAUAGCAAUUAAUUAAGCCGGCGUCUAAUUACCAUGCUCCUCUCACGUGCGUUCUGGACUUGGUCGCUUUGCUGACUCAUGAAACGUUGAGGAGUUUUUUUUGGACCAGGGGGACACUCGAAAUCAAGAGGGGACAUCUGGAGAAGUCCCUUUAAACACUUCGCUUGACAUUUGUGUGUGUGUGUGUGUGUGUGUGUGUGUGUGUGUGGGGAAAACUAGAAAAGCGAUCGGAGCAAAGAUGUCGACCAAAGAACCGAAAGAAAAACAGUCGACCACUGAGCGAAUCGUUAAAACCGUGCCCCUUCCCCCUCACCAGCGGCUCACCAUGAAGGAGCUGUUCGUGAACGGCAAGCCCAACACGGAGCUCCUGAAAAGCCACUUGGUGAAGGAGGGCCGUGUCGAGGAAGAAGUGGCUUUGCGGAUUAUUAACGAGGGCGCCGCCAUCCUGCGCCAGGAGAAGUGCAUGCUCGAAGUGGAGGCACCCAUUACCGUAUGUGGCGAUGUCCAUGGGCAGUUCUUCGAUCUCAUGAAGCUUUUCGAAGUGGGAGGGUCUCCAGACAACACGCGCUACCUCUUCCUUGGUGACUACGUUGACCGUGGUUACUUCAGCAUCGAGUGUGUGCUGUUCCUGUGGGUGCUGAAAAUCAACCAUCCGAAAACACUCUUCCUACUCAGAGGCAACCACGAGUGCAGGCAUCUCACCGAGUAUUUCACCUUCAAACAAGAGUGUAAAAUAAAGUACUCGGAGCGCGUGUAUGACGCGUGCAUGGACGCUUUCGACUGUUUACCCCUUGCCGCUCUCCUCAACCAGCAGUUCCUCUGCGUUCACGGAGGCCUUUCGCCCGAAAUCAACUGCUUAGACGACAUUAGGAAAUUAGACAGGUUUAAGGAGCCGCCAGCGUUCGGGCCAAUGUGCGAUCUGAUCUGGGCCGAUCCAGGCGAAGAUUAUGGCAGUGAAAAGACCUCCGAGCACUUUAACCACAACUCGGUCCGAGGCUGCUCGUACUUUUUCAGUUAUCCUGCAGUCUGUGAUUUUUUGGCAAACAACAACCUGCUGUCAGUGAUAAGAGCGCACGAAGCUCAGGACGCAGGGUACAGGAUGUACAGGAAAAGCCAGACGACUGGCUUCCCUUCGUUAAUCACCAUUUUCUCUGCUCCUAAUUACCUCGACGUGUACAACAACAAAGCUGCUGUCUUGAAGUACGAAAACAACGUCAUGAACAUCCGGCAGUUUAACUGCUCGCCGCAUCCGUAUUGGCUGCCCAAUUUCAUGGACGUGUUCACCUGGUCGCUGCCCUUCGUCGGCGAGAAAGUGACUGAGAUGCUGAUUAACGUUCUGAACAUCUGCUCGGAUGACGAGCUCAUGUCCGAGGGAGACGACCUGUAUGAAGGUGGCGCUCCAGCAGCUCGUAAGGAGGUGAUCCGAAAUAAAAUCCGUGCCAUCGGCAAGAUGGCCAGAGUUUUCUCCGUUCUCAGAGAGGAAAGCGAGAGUGUUCUGACCCUUAAAGGACUGACCCCGACUGGAACUCUACCUCUGGGAGUGCUGUCUGGAGGCAAACAGACUUUACAGAACACCACUCUACUGGCGAAGGAGGGCAAAGCUAUCCAGGGCUUCUCCCCAACACGGAAGAUCCGCAACUUCGAGGAGGCACGUGGCCUCGACCGGAUAAACGAGCGCAUGCCACCGAGGAAGGAUGGCCAGCGCACUCCAGGCACGACUGUGAACGAGAAGAAUGGCACAGAUGGGGCGGUGUAAAAAAAAAAAAACCUCCUCCCACCUUCUCCUCUUCAAAUACAGUGUUCAUUCUCUCUCUUUUAAGCUUCGGAGACAGAACAGGUAAAACUGAGACCGCAGGACCUCCAGAGAGAGAUGGAGAAAAGGAGACAGAGGGUAAACCACUCAUCACAAGACUGUAAUUAUUCAAAAACGAAAUGUAUUGAAUAUUUGAUGUACGCAUUAGCAGUGUUUUCAACCAACCAACGGACGAGACGCUACGGAUCUUCUUGCAGCAUCGUCUGUUUAAAGCCCUACAAGUACGAUUUCUUUCUUUUCUUUUCUUUUUUUAACCUUGUUGGACAAGGAUGAUCAGAAGAUGAAGGUUUUUCUACGUCGAAUGUUUACACUCGCUAGGGGAUCAUGGGGUUCCAGACAAUUCAGUACAAAGCUAUAAUGGUGUGGGUGAGGGGGCGGAGCCUUAAAAACCUUUUCCGAAUUUGCAGGUUUCGAAAGUAAAAUGAAUGAAUUUGAACUUGAUAAAAAGAAGAGAAUUUAUCUUUUAGAUUCAAACAUAUGAAGUUCAGGCCACCCCCCACCUCCCCACUGGCCCUACCUAAAAGAAAAAAUUGGCAGGUAGCCUUCUUUGGAAGAUUGAGCCAAAUUGACUAUACUAACCCUUGACGAUGGCUGGGGUAUUUCUUUAUUUAUUAAAAAAAAAAAAAAGGGAUCCUCACCGCCAAAAACGAUUUCCUUGAAGUAUUUUUAAUUGUGAAAGCUAACGAUUUCCUCCGACUCAGCGUUUUAUUCUAUUGUUUGUAUGUAUAUGUGUGUGUUGGGGGUGGGGGGUUUUGACACUACAUCCACAGUCGUCACGGUGUCGAGCCAAACGACGUCAGCUUUCGCAGAGAAAUGUCCAUUUUUGAUAUUUUUUAUGUUUUCUGUCGAUCGUAUUACGGGAGACUUUUUUAAAGACUGAAUAUAAAUGAAAUGUAUUGGUGUUGAGGGUAAAAAAAAAAAAAAAAAAGGCUGAGAGGACAAAAUACCUGCCGUUCACUAGAGCAUUGAGUGUUUUCCUAAAUCUAUUGGAAUUUUUUCUCUUCAAUUCUCUUAGUACAUUCUUUACUUUUAAUAACAUUGAUGGUACUGUAUCUUGUGAUACCUGCUGUUGUGCGCUAUGUAAGAUGAUAAACUGUGUUUGGUUUCUUUUCUCCGUAUUAUUGGAUUUGCCCGGUUAGCACACUGUACCUCCUUGUUCCAGAUUGGCUGACAGAAAAAAAAUGGCCGGGUCAGGCCUGAACUUUGCUGGAAAGCCUGUAUACCUCUUGCGUCUGCAUAAACGAGACAACAUAAGACUUCGCCUAUUGUUUCAACGUGAUUUGGUUUGGACAAACCAGACGCUGGGACUAGAGUAUAUUUAAUGUUUGAGCUAUUGUAGUGAUGUGUGACACCAAGCGAAUCUCUACUUAUUGCCCAAGAUACUGGUUAUAAAUCCCACCCCCUGCUGCACUACAAAUGUCCGGCAUACUACUGCGUUGUUUUUGCAUGUCGCUGGAAAUAUUGAUGACCCAGAGCAAACGGAUUGACGUAAAAAACUGACGUGUUUCCUCCUACCACGUCAUUUAGUUGCUGUGUUAGUAACACACCUUCCCAAAUACAUGUUCUACUUAACCAAAUGUCCUUUAUGUAGACCACCUAGUUGUGGUAACCACCUUUUUUUUUUUUUUUUGCCUUUGUCGAUAAGGUCUUCAGGCAAAAAGAGCUCCUGGUGGACAAGCUAAUGAUUUUAUGAGGUACAUUUAUUGUAUACGUACAUUAACGAGUUGAAAAUAUUUGGAGGCGCUCAAGGUGUAUUAAAGGUGUAAUUUUUUUUUUUUUUUUUUUUUUUUAUUGUAUUACAGACCUAUUGAAAAUAGGUUGAAAAAUGCCCAUGUAUGAAUUUAUUUCCAAAAACAACUUGGAGCAUGAUCCUGGUUGAACCCAUGCCAAGAGUGUGCAGGAUCCGGAGUAUUGUAUAUGUCUAUUUGAACUCGGAAAUGGUUUGCACCUUUUUGAACACAUCUCCAUGUAUGGCUCGCUGAUGCGCUAUAAGGAAUGAGUGCAACUGAACCACAUUUUGACAAGUACAACAUUUCGGUUUGUUUGUUUAAAGAACACUCCACAUGGUUUGGCAGAUUUCAGCUUCUGCUUCACAUGGAAUGCAAAUGAAUGGGUGAAUUCAUGUGAUGUACCUCAGGGUUCACAACAUGGCCCUUUUUUCUUCUUCAAAGAUCGAGUUGUUUGUUUGUUUGUUUUUUCUUUCCUUAUUGUUUUAUGAAGGAAAUGAUUUCCCAUGCCCUGCUCUACCUUCUAAUACUGGAUGAAAGUAUCAGGGUCCGAGUGUCACUGGUCCUCAUUUGCACUGUAUAGAGUGUAGGUAAGUAUGAGAAACUCUCGGUUUUGAAGCGCAUGUUGUACACUACAAAUACAUGUCUCUGAUUUAAAUAAAAAAAUAUGUAACCAUGAGUAA